GUCGCGACUUCGCUUAGUUUGGACGUAGCUUCGAAGGACUCCUUAGAUCUCGUCAUAGAAAUAUAAUCGUAUCGUAGAAUUUCGUCGUGCCAUUGUUAAAUAUCACAGGCACGACGAAUAGAAGAUAUAAAAAAAUAGGAAAAAGGGAAGAGAAGGUGAGAGAGUGGGCACAUAUCGAGCUAAUAGAGAGAAGAGAAAGGAAGGCGGAAGGAUUAUAUAUAUAUAUACGUAUAUAUAUAUUCGACAACAUGGCCACCGCGAUCGACGACCGACAGGAACUCCUUGAACAAUUUCAAGCUAUCGAUGCAAACGGCGAUGGAUUUAUCGAUCUGGCUGAACUGCGGAACGCUUUGGACGUUUGCGGAUUUAAAAUGCCCGGCUAUAAAGUGCGGCAAAUGAUCGAGGAGUAUGACGACAAACAGAGACUACAACACAAGGGCCGGCUGUCCUUCGACGAGUUCGAGAAACUCUGUAAGGAACUUAAGGCCAACGAACUUGGGUCCACUUUCAAGCACGUCGUCUCGAAAAAGGAGAAUCUUGAAACGUUGGGAGGAAUUUCGGAAGCAUCGAGCGUUGGUACGACUCAUUCCGUUAGACUUGAAGAACAACUUGCUUUCAGUGAUUGGAUCAAUACUAAUCUUGCUCACGAUCCUGAUUUAAAACAUUUGUUACCUAUCGACUCUGAAGGUAAAGCUCUUUAUGACAAAGUCAAAGACGGUAUCCUUCUUUGUAAAAUCAUCAAUCAUUCUUGCCCCGAUACUAUAGAUGAAAGAACUAUCAACAAGAAGAGUUUGACUUUGUAUAAGAAACAUGAAAACUUGACUCUUGCUUUAUCAUCGGCACAGUCUAUUGGUUGCAAUAUCAUCAAUAUCGAUGCCCAUGAUCUUACCAAAGGAUCACCACACUUGGUCUUAGGUCUCUUAUGGCAAAUUAUUAGAAUUGGUUUAUUUAAUCAAAUUACUUUAGAGAAUUGUCCUGGUUUGGCAACACUUUUACAAGAUGGCGAACGUAUUGAAGAUCUUCUGAAACUUUCUCCGGAGUCCAUACUCUUAAGAUGGGUCAAUCAUCAUUUAGAAAAUGCUGGUAUCGCUAGAAGAUGCAACAAUUUCCAAUCGGACAUCACGGAUUCUGAAAUUUAUACUUACUUGAUCAAACAAAUUGCACCUAAUACCGCUGGCGUCACCGUGGAAGCUUUAAUGGAACCAAAUCAUUUGUCACGAGCUGAAAUCAUGCUCCAACAGGCUGCAAAAUUAGGUUGUCGUAGCUUCGUUACGCCUAGUGACGUUGUCAAUGGCAUUUAUAAACUCAAUCUGGCAUUCGUCGCAAACAUGUUUAACAAUUAUCCUGGCCUCGAUAAGCCUGAGAACAACAUCGAAGGAUUGGAGUCUUUGGAAGAGACACGAGAAGAGAAAACAUAUAGGAAUUGGAUGAAUUCUAUGGGUGUGGUACCUCACGUCAAUUGGCUUUAUUCUGAUCUUGCCGAUGGAUUAGUAAUCUUCCAAUUAUAUGACAUCAUCAAGCCUGGUACAGUCAAUUGGCACAAAGUUCAUAAAAAGUUUACCAAGUUAAGAAAAUUCAUGGAGAAGUUAGAAAACUGCAAUUACGUGGUUGAACUUGGAAAACAGAUGAACUUCUCAUUGGUCGGUAUAGCAGGGCAGGACAUUAACGAUGGGAACGCGACCUUGACACUGGCUCUUAUCUGGCAACUGAUGAGGUCUUACACUCUGUCAAUUUUGACGUCGUUGACUGGUACGCAGGGGAGUACCUUGGUCGAAAAAGAAAUCGUACAAUGGGUCAAUUCUAAAUUGCAAGGAGCAGGGAAGAACAGUAGUAUCAAAAGUUUUCAGGAUUACGCGAUAUCGGAUGGUAAGGUAGUUAUCAAUUUGAUCGACGCAAUCAAACCUGGAUCUGUUAAUUAUGAUCUUGUUAAAGAGGGUGGUACAGAGGAAGAAAACCUCGACAACGCCAAAUAUGCGAUAUCCUUGGCACGAAAAUGUGGUGCUCGUGUCUAUGCGUUACCAGAAGACAUAACCGAGGUGAAACCGAAAAUGGUGAUGACCGUAUUUGCCUGUUUGAUGGCGAUGGACUACAUCCCUAAUAUGGAUUCAGUAAAGCAGCAAAAUAACGUGAAUAACAGUCAAUAAUGUCGAGCCAUAUCCUUACUGUCAUGCCGUUACUUUCCUACAGAAGAACUUUUGAUGGGGCAUUAUAUUUCCUCGUGCUCUAGGUCUCUUCCAACAGCGUAAUAAUAAUAAUAAUAUUAUUAUUAAUAUUAAUAAUAAUAAUAAUAAUAAUAAUUAUUAUUAUAUAAUAAUAAUAAUUGUAUAUACGUAGGUUAAGAUAGCUUCUUUUUCACGAUUCAUUAGGAUCAAACUUGAGAGUAGAAAAUGGAGGGACAGAGAGAGAGAAAAUAGAUGUUCGUACUGUUGCGUGUGUGUGUGUAUGUGCAUAUGCAUGCAUGCUUGUCCCUUUUUUAUAUAAAGCCAAGAGAAUCAAAAAAUGAAAACAAGAAAAACUACUACGUUAUUAUACUUGUUAGAUUUGUCAAAGGAUAGAAAUGAUUCUCUUCGUCAACAACUCUCUUAGUUAUUCAUUUGAUUUUUCGGUAUAUCUUUCGAUCGGUAAAUCAUGUCCUUCAUCUUUGCGUCGCUCCAAAUCUAAAUCAUUUAAAUAAGAGAGGAAUGUAAACUGUGAUCAAAGUGCUAUGUGCUUAAGUUAUGUCCAACUUAAAAUGAUAGGAACUUAAUUCAUUGUUUCGUCCAUCGAAGUGUAAAGGAACGAAAGUGAUUAUAAUAAUUGAAAAAUAUUUC